CGUAAAGAUAUCAGGUCAAGUUAUUGUAGGGUUUAGGAUAGACAAGGAAGUGAUAGAUAGAGAGAGAUAGGACGAGCGUGAAAGAUCAUUCGAGAUGACGGGAAAUGCGAAUAAACGUCAGUCGUGUUGGAUUAAUCAACGGAAGAGCAUGACACCGUGUGUUCCUUAAUUUCUUGAAUCCGAAAGGUUGCUUUAAAGGAUGGUUGCUUGGCCAGAUCACGACAAUGGCGCAGUUGGACGAAUCUACGCAUGGGUUAGCCCACGUUCAUGUUACACACGGUGGUAAGGGUUAAGUUUAUCAUCAGCGAACCGGUUCAGCAGUUUCCACCGUUUUUGAAGGGAGAUCACACUUGUUGGUGUGAGUAAUGACAAGCGACGCGAUGAAAUGGCGGAAACGUGAAUCAACGUGUUAACUGAACAAAGGUUCCUGAUUACACAAAAGUCGCGUUGUUAAUCUACUUGCAUAUUGUUUAAUUACGGCUUGUCAAUUAAACUACGGAGAUAACAUUUAUAAAGUUACAAUCAUGCCAAGAAACUUGCGGGAUUCCGGGUGGAUGGUGGAGGAUGACGACGAGCAUAGUGUGUGUUCGUUCAAACCAGGAAUAGAGGAAGCUUCAGCAUUUCCCUCGCUUUCAUUUUCUUCGCUACAAGUUGGGGAAUGCAAAGCCUUAGACGGAGAGGAGGAAAUUGGCAAAAUUUCCUUCAAUAGAUGGCGUGAGAUCCUCGAAUCGGGUAUGGCAUUAGCAGGCAUAAAGGAAGAGUCGACGAAGGCAAACAUUUUUAAAAUGAAAGCAGGCUCAAAAUUGCUUGACAUCUUGGACAACACAUCUAAUAAAGGCGGGCCUGAUGCCCUUACCCAGCCAUAUUCCAAUGCAAUUUAUCGCCUUGAGGAGUAUUUUGGUUCAAGGGAUUAUUUGCUAUUCCAGCGGCAGAAACUUCGAUCGUUGCCGCAGAAUAAGGACGAAUCUGACCUAAAAUAUGUGCGUCGUGUGUCAACUAUUGCCAAACUUUGCGGUUAUGUUCAUGACCAACUUGUCGAGACUGUAGCAGAUGUUUUACAGAACCAUGCCAGAAACCGUAAAGUCCGCGAAGUAGCCCGAAAAGCUGCCCGUAAAGGGAACUCUUUACAAGAGUUAUUGGACCGUGUGCGUACGGUCGAGAUUGAACAACAAGCAGAGGAAAAUUUUAGCAAGAAGUAUCCUACGGAAGAAGCUUCAAAUGUAUUGGCGGUGUCGUAUGGUGUUCCGGGUUCGAGCCGAGGAGAGAUUCGAACAUCAACAUUCGGCUACAGAGGCAGAGGAUAUUUUCCGCGUAGCCGCGGAGGAUAUUCACGCAUGAGUGGACCCGUUUUGUCUUCAUCUAAACAGUGCUGGCGUUGUACGAGCACAGGUCAUCAACCGGAUCACUGUUUUGCCAUUGCGAAGUUUUGCCAUUUGUGCCGAGCUAAAGGGCAUAUUCAAAGAGCAUGUACGUCAUCUCGUGUUAAACGUGAAACCGGUAGAGAUCAAGAUGGUUCGCCCGCUUCUAAAAUUAGGAAAAUUGCAGCAGUUGCGUCCAACGACCAAGAAGAGGAAGCUACAACUCUUCAACUAAUUCCAGCAGUUUAUAAUAUCAACAUGCGUACGAGCAAUUAUUCAAUAUCAACUAGCUCAAGUAAGCUAUCGGAGCCAAAUAUUUUCGUCAGCCCAACAAAGGUAUCAAUGUGCGGGUUAGAUUCGUACGUGAUGUGUUCCUUGGAUUUCAAGGGAAUAGAAAGCGCAGGAUCAAUUACAUGUAUAGUAGCGGGUGUUGAGGUUAAGUUUUGA